AAGAGAGAGGAGGGACGGAGGGAGGGAGGGAGGGAGGCGUUUGGCUCCUUGUCGACGGCAGCAGAGGCUGCAGACGAAACAGCCCGACUGGCCCUUUAAAUCGCCACUAGCGCAUUCCGAGCCCUUGCCUUGCCUUGCCUUGCCUUGCCUUGCACGGCCCGCCCCCUCCAUCCCCAAGCUGUCCGUAGCGGCAGAGGCGGACUCCAUCGGUGUCACGAAGCCGGAUUUCCCCAGCCCAUCGCCGGCUAGGAGAGACCGCUGCUGCCGGUGUUGCACUCUGGCUGGCUGCGUGGAAGAUUCUUUGCUCACACAAUUUUCUGCAGUUUUGGUGCAUUCUAAUGGAUAAGUAUGUCCAUCACUAAUAAUAUCGCCCAGGCCAGGAAACUGGUGGAGCAGCUGAGGAUCGAAGCGGGGAUUGAGCGGAUUAAGGUGUCCAAAGCGGCCGCCGACCUGAUGAGCUACUGCGAGCAGCACGCUCGCAGCGACCCGCUGCUGGUCGGCGUUCCCACCUCCGAAAACCCUUUCAAGGACAAGAAGCCCUGCAUCAUCCUAUAGCCGCGCUCCACACGCACGCACACACAUGCACGCACACACACAAACACACAUACACUCCUGAAAUAGCCUCUCUGGAAAAGCGCCAUACGGUCGGAGUAAAGAUGGUUGACGGUCGUGUUCUUUUUUUCCGAUCACUGUGGUUGAGAUCCGUGUGAGCCAAGGUGCUUUGGUCUAAUGUUCACACAAUACUGGUCAGCUAUCGACAAGUAUCAUCAGCAUUUAUUUUGGGGGCGGAGCCAAGGAUUGGUAGGGCGGAGCCAAACAGGAUGGAGUCGUUGGGGCGUGGCUUAUGUGCAUUGUUGACGUUUUGUCUUAAGAUAAACGUACAAUGAACAAGAUGGCGUUUUUUUUUUUAAAUGUUUUCUUAAUGCUGUCCUGUGUACAAAGUAGCUACAGAAUAGGGGCACAAAGUUGACCUUUCAUUUUCCGGUAGCAUCAGAAGCAACUUUCAUCCUGCCGGGAAUGUCGUCGGCCCAUCAAUUUUCCGCCUUUGGAAUGGACAUUUCCUGACACCUUGAAAUCCGAUUUAGAAUUGCUGAAACAUACAAAAUCCUUUCAAUGUACGAAGAACCAAGCCCGAUGAAAAUGUUAAAACUUUCCCGCCCAAAAAAAAAACCCUCCCUGCUUCUAGUUUCGAUUUAAACGCAACUGCCUCCUUUGCGUUGACUCUAAAAACAACAAAGAAACAAAAACAGUGUACAAACUUUCUUUCAUCUUUGUGAUCAGUUGAAGAGUGGCCAUUUUGAGUUUUUAACAAAGCGUCAUGCAACCUGCUCAUUUUUACCUUGCAUUGUGUUUGGAACGUUACAAAAUGCACCAAAGUUUGGAUUUGUUGAAAUUAUUUUUUCUCGGGUAGCUGUUCAGUGAGAAAGGUAGUGACAAAAUGGGGGUAUGUAGUCGCCCCAUAUUUUUUAUUUGAACCAUAACCGAUUGGCGGCCAUUUAAUAUCGAGCUUUCUGAUUGGCCCAUUGCCACUCGUUGUGCCGUGUGUGUGUGUGUGUGUGAGUGUGUGCGUGCGUGUGUGUGUGUUGAGAAAAAAACUUACAUUUCAUACUUUUCAUAUCAAAACAUCACAGAAUCCGCCGAGACCGCCUUGAGAUUUGAGUUUUGAUUUUUUUUUUGAGGGGGGGGGGGGGGUUAUUUUUAUUGCCUUUACUGAUGACUGCGAGGAAAAUCUAUUUUUUUGUUAAGUGUAUCUCUAAUGUGCCAUACAUACAUAAAUCAUGUAUUUCCUCGCAUACUGUUAAUAUUUUGUGGAUAUUUGUUGUUGAAGAAAAAAUAUAUUAACAAGUAGAUAACAUUAAUAAAAAGAUGAUAUAACAGA